CAAAUGCAACUUCCGGCCCGGCGGAGAGUGGUGAGAGGGAAUUCCAGCGGGGCUGUACAGUGCCGCACUCUGGGUGAAGGUAACCUCCGUGGUCGCUGUGGGAGCUCGGCGCGGCUGGACACGCGUGACCAUGUGGCGUCUGCUGGCUCGCGCCAGCGCGCCCCUCCUGCGGGUGCCUUUAUCAGAUUGUUGGGCAGCGCCGCCCGCCAGUGCUGGCCUGAAGACGCUGCUCCCGGUGCCGACUUUUGAGGAUGUUUCCAUUCCUGAAAAGCCGAAGCUGAGAUUCAUUGAAAGGGUACCACUUGUGCCAAAAGUCAGAAGAGAACCCAAAAACUUACGUGACAUACAGGGACCUUCGACAGAAGCUACUGAGUUCACAGAAGGCAAUUUUGCGAUCUUGGCACUGGGUGGCGGUUACCUCCACUGGGGCCAUUUCGAAAUGAUGCGCCUGACAAUCAACCGCUCUAUGGACCCCAAGAACAUGUUUGCCUUGUGGCGAGUACCAGCCCCUUUCAAGCCCAUCACCCGCAAGGGUAUGGGACAGCGCAUGGGGGGAGGCAAAGGCGCCAUUGAUCACUACGUGACUCCCGUGAGGACGGGCCGCCUCAUAGUAGAGAUGGGGGGACGCUGUGAAUUCAAAGAGGUCCAAGGUUUCCUCAGCCAGGUCGCCCACAAGUUGCCCUUCCCAGCCAAGGCGGUGAGCCGUGAGAUGCUAGAGAAGAUGCGGAAAGACCAAGAGGAACGGGAACGUAACAACCAAAACCCCUGGACCUUUGAGCGCAUAGCCACCGCCAACAUGCUGGGGAUACGGAAGGUGCUGAGCCCCUACGACCUGACCCAGAAGGGGCGGUACUGGGGCAAGUUCUACCUGCCCGAACGCGUGUAGUGAGAAUAUGGGAAGUGAAGGCACAGGGAGGAGGAGUCUGCAUGUGUGUUCCCUUUGGGUAGCUCCGAUGUCAGAACCAAGGAGCAGCGAACAAGCGCUGUGGACGAUUUCUGGAAAGGUGGGCUGUGUCUGUUGGUUUAAGUGCAUUAUAUUUAUAGUAAAUAAAAUUUGAGUCUCAGCUCUGGUUAUGACUUCUCACUGGUCACCCUUAGUCCCUCCGAUGAUGAAGAAGCAGGCCUCAGGGGCUCUCGGGAGCCCGGGCCCUCCCCGGCUGUGCGGCGAGCGCCUGCAGGGCUAUGGCAGGCGGCUGCCUCUCCCACCUCUGAUGCAAGUCGGGCUUCAUAUCCACACUAACUUUCACAUGCACGUGUUUCAGAAGCCAGUUUCUGUAACGUUUUACUAUUUACAAAAACAAACUAAUGUUUUUGGGAAAGCAAAGAAAAAAACGACCGCACAUAGGUUAAUCCAACAGAUAUUUAUUUAUGCCCAGCUACCCAUCUUCUCUCAAUCUCCGAAGCGGGGAUGUUGAACAGUACGGCCAGGAACACACCCUGGCCUCUUAG